CCUGUUUAUACUAGAUUUCUAGCUUCAAUUCGUCGUUCGCAAAGUGCAAAGUUCCAGUCUAGUAGUGUAAGUGUUCGUUCGUUUUUGGAUACAAAUUGUUAUUCUAUUAAGUUCGUUUUUGGAGCAAAUUAUUGUUUCUCUUACUUUUGCCAAGUCUGAUCAGAACCCGGGAGACAGGUGCAUUUAGCUUAAUCUGUACAAAGUUGUAAUCUAUUAAGUUCGUUUUUGGAGUAGAUGAUAACAGGGGCCAGCCAGGGCACAUCAUAAUGUAUAUGCUUUCAUUAUUUCUUCUCAGACUAGUCAUUGGCAUGUAUCUAACUGUCUGUAUGUUCUGGCUGGCAUGCACUGAGAUAAUGGACAUAGUGGUUGGUCAAGUCUUGUCUACAUAAUUGUUAUCGUCAAAUUUUAGGAAAAUGGAACCAGUUAGGCAUAUAAUGCUCAAUCUAAGGCUUAGUGGGAUUGCUGGAUUCUGUUGUGCUCAACUUAAUAUAAUCUACUGUGGAAAAGUAGCCGCAGAAAUAGGAGAAAAAAACCCGGUUAGAUGAACCAUGAAAUGGGCAAAAGCUGGCUAUACAAAUAUGUUUAUCAUAAUUCACUUCAAUUCCAAACACAACAUCAUUAGUACCAUAUACUUUUGUGUUUUGAGGUAUGAUUCUGUUUAUAGCACAUGAAUUGUACUGAUCAAAGAAGUAGUUGUUGCCUUUUUUUAACCUCAUGUAACACCCACAUUCAGACAUUCUAUUAUUGUUCUCUAGUUUUGAUGUAGUCGUUACUAGUUUCUUUUAUGAGAAUCACACUUCUUUUCUACUCAGUAUGUUAAUAGGAACUGAGUCUAGCUCAGUUAGUGAGAGCUGUGGGUUUACAGACCCACCACGCAAGUUCUAGUCAUCUUCAACUUAAUUUUGGAUGCCUAUAUCUUCUAUUGAUGAAAAGUUACCAAUUCCUCCCAUCCUAGAUGUAGUAACUUCAGUUUCAAAUAUGCCAAGGAAGGUUUUGAAGCAACCAUCAGAUAAUGGUGCAAAAAGUGAAGAUGGCCCGUGUGGAAACAUGGGACUGCAUGGAGAUAAACAGGAUGGCAGUGAUUCUUACGAAAAAGAGGAUCCUCUCUUGGCUGUGCCAGGCGUGCUUCUUAUAUGCUGUGGUCUCAUGCUUCCAUGUUUUCAUGCUGAAAGAAAAGAAGGAAGCAGGCACAAUACUACAGCCGUUCAGCGCAAUGCUGUUGAUUCUAUUGCAUCCUUUGACGUAAGCACAUCAUCCGAGAAGGUCCCACCAACUCCACACAGAAUUCCUCCAAGCCCAUCUAGAUUCGCACCAUCUCCACAUAUAGGUCGAGUUGGAUCUGUUGACUUGAGUGUCCAGCAGAUUAUCAGGGCGACUCAAAAUUUCUCACAUUCAUUUAAGUUGGGUGAAGGAGGAUUUGGGACUGUGUACAGAGCUGUAUUGUCAGAUGGCCAGGUUGUCGCAGUCAAGAGAGCUAAAAAGGAUCAAUUUGCUGGUCCAAGCGACGAGUUCAGCAAUGAAGUUGAAUUGCUUGCUAAGAUUGAUCACCGGAAUUUGGUGAGAUUACUGGGUUAUACUGAUAAAGGAAAUGAGCGUAUUAUUAUCACCGAGUAUGUUCCGAAUGGCACUUUGAGAGAACAUCUGGAUGGCCAACAUGGAAGAACCCUUGAUUUUAAUCAACGCCUAGAGAUUGCGAUUGAUGUUGCUCAUGCACUCACUUAUCUCCACCUGUAUGCUGAGAAGACAAUAAUCCAUCGUGAUGUGAAGUCAUCAAACAUACUUCUGACUGACAGCUACCGAGCCAAGGUAUCCGACUUUGGAUUUGCUAGAAGUGGCCCUAAUGACACAGAGAAGACACACAUCUCCACAAAAGUGAAAGGAACUGCUGGCUACCUGGACCCUGAGUAUUUGAGAACAUACCAGCUGACUCCAAAAAGUGAUGUCUUCUCUUUCGGCAUACUCCUUGUCGAAAUUAUUUCUGCUCGUCGGCCUGUAGAGCUGAAGCGGGCCGCCGAAGAGAGGAUCACUAUCAGAUGGACGUUCAAGAAAUUCAAUGAAGGCAACAUGAAAGAGAUACUAGACCCUUUGUUGGAGGAUCGUGUCGACGAGGAGGUGCUGGAGAAGCUGCUGAGCUUGGCGUUCCAGUGCGCUGCUCCCACGCGGGAGGACCGUCCGACCAUGAAGGAAGUAGGAGAGCAGCUGUGGGAUAUCAGGAAGGAGUAUGGGAAGAGCCUCAGGAAAGCGUGAAGUCUUGGAGAAUAUGAUGAGCUCUUUAACCAUGACCAGAGCACGGAAAUUCUUUUGUAUUCUCAAAAUCAUGGAUAAUGUUUUGUGCUCACAUAAUUAACUGUGCUCUCGAACAAUGUACAGAUAAACCAGCAACUUGGUGCUUCCUAACCACUUUGCGUUGUACUUUCUCCAUUGAGCUACAGUCCCUUUUUAACUGACAUUUCUCGCCCUCUAUUCUUAUCAAUUUGGUUUUAGAUCAAUGAAUAUGGUUUUGUCUGUAUAAAAUAUCUGUUAGUGUAAAUACAAAAUAUUUUACUUCAUAAA